UUUGUCCUCUCCUCCAGUCCGCAUGAAUCCCCAAGCAUCGACCUUCUGAAGGUGACGUUUUUCGGGAUGCACUGUUAGACAGACGCGCGUUCUACAACACCUGCUAAAUCGGGAUGUACACUGUGCAAGGAGGAGCGCUCUGAAUCGGACCAGCCACGGCCAAGCCACGUCCACACCGACUGUCGGUGUCCGCACCUUUAGCUCUGUGCUAGGUAACUAGAAAUGCUCGUCCGCGAUUUCCUGCAAGCUAGAACCACGCAAGAUUGUCACGCGUUCGGUGUCUGUCUCGAGACACUCGGCCAUCUUCACUACUUACGUGGCAGAUGUGGGCAUAGGCCCGUCAGUGAAAUUCAAAGACGUCUAUGUACGACGUACGUACAGUCGGCGGGUAAGUGUCCUCCGUCACCAACUCAGACUGAAAUGCCGGAAAUUACACAACGAUUCCCAGUACUAUGUGGAUUGAAUGCACCUCAGCAUCCAUGUCCUCAUGCCACCCAUACUAUGGAUGCCCAGACACGACUGAGGACAAGUCCGAGGUCGUCGGUGUUCUGCAAACCGAUGCUCAAUACAAUUUAUCAUUUUCAGGCGCGCCGUCCGCACACGCGUCGACCUCGAGGUGCGAUUACGGCGAUAGAGAUGCUGGAGAAGGCUAGGGACGACACCCUUCGCGCCAACAAUCGUCUACCCAGGUCCUCUAUCUCAAAUCCAGCGAAUUUCGUUUUGCUAUGCCCCUUCGAGAAGAGCGUGGACAGGCGGAGCGCGUCGGACUCGAUAUCACAUCCGCGUUUUCAUCAAACUUCGACCGGAAUUGGUAGCAUCGAGAGCGAGCCAGACCGACGUUUGCGGCUGAUGUCGACUGGCAGAGCAUGUGGGGCACCCAAAUACAAUGCCGGGCAAAGGUCUGACGCCCUUCGCGCCCUCUGGCUGUGGACAUUCUUCUGAUGUGGUACAGUACGUAGCUCAACGCGUUAGCGGGCAAAUGGGUCUCUCGCUAUCAAGGCUGCCGAGAGCACGUUAUCGGACUCUAGAACCCUAGAGGAUAUCUAUUUCACGCAUG